AUUUCUGUGAUGACUUGCCAUUUUGUUUUUCCUUCUGCUGAUCAUUAAUCAAUUUCCCUUAAUUAUUCUUAAAAGUAGCUGGCCAAGAUUCUGCAUCGUUGCAGCAUGCCCUCUGGGGGUGUUUUGACGUGUUCAAGGUUAUCUAAGCCCAUGCCAUGUAGUUCUCUUUUUGCAUCAAUUCCUCGUUUACCUACAACGGAUGCAUUAUUAAGUAUCAGGAUUUCUUGGAGGCCAGAUCGGGAUUCAAAGUCCCAGUUAGUUAAAGGUUUGCCUUCCUUGCACCUCUCUGGUGCAUCAACCCCACUAUUGAGUGGGGAUUUAGGUGGUUUGUCUCAUACAGUACCCUCCUUUCCCAGGCGUAGGAGCUCUAGUUUGGUGCCUCGGGCAUCAAAGGAUGUGCCAUACAGUUUCCGCUAUCCUCCAAUGACUAAGAAGCCUGAGUGGUGGUGGAGGAGUUUAGCAUGUCUUCCUUAUCUAAUGCCUCUCCACGAAACCUGGAUGUAUGCAGAGACAGCAUAUCAUUUACACCCCUUCUUGGAAAACUUUGAGCUUUUGACCACCCCAUUCCUUGAAGCCAUUGGGAGGUUGCCAAGGUGGUUCUUGAUGGCAUAUUUCGCUGUUGCAUAUCUCGGAGUGGUAAGGAGAAAGGUAUGGCCUCACUUUUUCAGAUUUCAUGUGGUGUUGGGAUUGCUUUUGGAAAUUGCCCUACAGAUGAUAGGGAUUGGUAGCCGCCGCAUGCCGCGUGCAGUCUACUGGGGUAAGCUGGGUAUGCACUUUUGGACAGCUGUGGCAUUUGCCCACCUAUUUACUGUUUUAGAGUGCAUUCGAUGUGCUCUUGCUGGUAUGUAUGCUGAUGUUCCUUUUUUUGGUGAUGCUGCAUACAUCCAAAUUCCAUAUGACUAAGGGUGGAAUGUAGUGAAAAUGUUUUUUAUUCGGUUUUGUUGGUUCUUUUUUUUGUAUGGGAAACUUUUUUGAGUGGAAAAACAGAUUUCAUAUGUUGAAGCUCGGUUGAACUUUCUAGUACAUUCAUUCAUUAGUUCUGUUCCAGAGCAGGAUUUACAUCCAAGUCCUUUCCCGCCUAACGUCCCUUCUCUGUUAUUUCCAUCUUGUUGAAAAUAAGUGUAAUCUUGUUCCUACAGACAUCACUCGAACAAAUAGGUCACAAUGUGCUUCUCUUGACAGCAUGCAUGUUCAAUGUUGUAUUUGCAAGUCAACAAGUCUGCUUGUUUGUCCAAGCUCUGGUGCCUUUCAGUCCAGUUUGCUAAAGCAUCCUUUAAAAGGAAAAUUGGAUAAAUUCGUUGAUUCCUAUUC